CCAUCCCAUAACCAUUAAACCCAACAAUUCUCGCUUUACAAAUCUUUCCCAUACACCAAUCCGCACGUAAUUAUUUCCCUCUCAACCAAUCUCAUUAAGAGAGAGGAAAAACUGUUGUACAUUCUCGCCGACCAAUAGAAUGGCUCCAUCUACUCUGACCGCACUAGCUGACGAGAAGACCCUUCAGGCUACCUUCGUUCGCGACGAAGAUGAGCGCCCAAAGGUUGCCUACAACCACUUCAGCAACGAAAUCCCGAUCAUCUCGCUAGCCGGAAUCGAUGAGGUCGACGGCCGGAGGGCAGAGAUUUGCAAGAAGAUCGUCGAGGCCUGUGAGGAUUGGGGUAUUUUCCAGGUCGUCGAUCAUGGUGUCGAUGCCGCUCUCAUCUCCGACAUGACUCGCCUCGCUCGCGAAUUCUUCGCUUUGCCUCCAGAAGAAAAGCUCCGGUUCGACAUGACCGGUGGCAAAAAGGGCGGUUUCAUCGUUUCCAGCCAUUUACAAGGAGAAGCAGUGCAAGAUUGGCGUGAGAUUGUGACCUACUUUUCAUACCCACUUCGGACAAGGGAUUACUCCAGGUGGCCGGACAAGCCAGAGGGCUGGAGAGCUGUGACAGAGCAGUACAGUGAGAAGCUGAUGGGAUUGGCUUGCAAGCUGUUGGAGGUUUUAUCAGAAGCCAUGGGGCUAGAGAAGGAGGCUUUGACAAAGGCUUGCGUGGAUAUGGACCAGAAAGUGGUGGUGAACUUCUACCCGAAAUGUCCACAACCAGACCUCACUCUUGGUCUCAAACGCCACACCGACCCUGGCACCAUUACCCUUCUUCUCCAGGACCAGGUUGGUGGGCUCCAGGCGACUAGAGAUGAUGGCAAGACAUGGAUCACCGUUCAACCUGUUGAAGGAGCUUUUGUGGUCAAUCUUGGUGAUCAUGGUCAUUUUCUGAGCAACGGAAGGUUCAAGAACGCAGAUCAUCAAGCAGUGGUGAACUCGAACCACAGCCGAUUGUCCAUAGCUACAUUCCAGAACCCAGCACCAGAAGCUACUGUAUAUCCACUUGCUAUCAGAGAGGGAGAGAAGGCGAUUCUAGAUGAGCCCAUUACAUUUUCAGAGAUGUACAGGAGGAAAAUGAGCAAAGAUCUUGAGCUUGCCAGGCUCAAAAAGCUGGCCAAGGAAAAGCAACUGGAGGAUUUCGAGAAGGCCAAACUGGAAGCCAAAUCCAUUGACCAGAUUCUUGCUUAAGGCUCGACCUUCUCAGCCCAUCCAUCUUGUUUUAUGCGUUUUAUGCUUAACAUUAUCGUCGUAUCUUGUCUUUUGCGUUUGGAGCUUGACGGCUUGUUAAUUUUUUCUUAAGUUUUCGUUAUUAAAAAAAAAAAAAAAAAAAUGGUCCUGUGGAAAGUGGGGAAUACACCUUUUUCCUUCUUUUGUUGUCUUACAUAAUUAAAUAAUGGAUUACAAUAAGUUUUUUUUUUA